GGAGUCUCCGGGCUUGUUUCGAAUGGGUUAUCGUGAGCAAGAAGAAAUCGACACAUUCGGCAGCGGCUGUAAUGCCAACCUCGGCGUCGCAAGGGAAUCUUGGAGACGGUGGGAUGGAUUCAGUUUUUCGACAAGCCACAGACCAAACGAGAAGAGAGUCAGGACUUUCAGGCCUCGAUCACCAACGAUCUCCCUCAAGGAUCACCUACUUUCACAUGCGAACUCUCCCAGGGCGAAUCAAAUCUUGUCCAACUCUCUGGAGGAAUCGUUGGGGUUGCGUAGCACUAAACCACAAAUUAAUGGUUGCAACAGGGGAACUAGGAAAUUAAAGGUGGUUGCUCC